AUGGCUGCCAGUAAAGGCAGAAUUCCUGUAAUAAUUGAUACAGAUCCAGGUGUAGAUGAUAUCAUUGCAAUUCUGUUCGCUCUCGCUUCACCGGAGCUUGAGGUUCUCUCCAUUGUUGUUUCCUUUGGCAAUACCGAUAUCCAGUCAUCAUAUGCAAACAUUCUCAAGACUUAUCAGGCUCUGGCUCGCCAUUUCGACGCUUAUCCGGCGGAGAAAUCCCGUUUCCCCAACUAUGAAGCGUCCCCCAAAACCUCGCUCGUGCUCGGAAGCGACGGCCCCCUGGAAGGUGACAUCCAUAGCGCCCAAUAUUUCCAUGGAAGGGACGGUUUAGGUGGGAUCUCGGAACGCCAUAGCGAAUUCAACGCAGAGUUCGACGCAAACGAUGGACAUCCCCAGCUUCUGUUGUCAAAGAAACCUGCGGUUGAAAGCUCGCUUGAACUGUUACAAUGCUACCCGGAAAGAAGCAUCACUUAUAUAGCUCUCGGUCCGCUAACAAAUCUCGCACAGCUGAUGCGACGCAAUAAGGAUCUAGUGAGAGGUCGCAUAGGUCGUGUCAUCUGUAUGGGAGGCGCCUUGGAUGUCCCGGGAAAUACAAGUCCCGUCGCGGAAUUCAAUUUCUUUGCGGACCCGUAUGCCGUCAAGGAGCUUCUAAUGCCCUCGAAACCAGAGUUCGGUCUGCCCCUUGACCGGUUUUUCCUCCUGCCUCUUGAUAUAACCACUCCGCACGAACUGCCAUUCCUGGUCUAUCAAACCCGAGUCGAUCCUUUGUUCUCGAAUAUGAAUACACCUUCCUUUGCUGACGAGAAGAAGGCUCUAACUCAUUUCACAUCGUCUUUUUUGGAACAUACUCGUACGGUUAUGCUCCAGUUCGGUAAGGAUGCAAUGGAAUUGCACGAUAUCGUAGCGGUAUGGUGUGCGAUCGCGAACCCUCCGUCGUCAGCUACUCUAAGUCCCGGUUGGAGCAUGCAUAAGCGCACCUUUGAGAUCGAGAGGAUCGGCGAGCUGACUCGGGGUAUGUUAAUUAUAGACCGGAGAGAGGACGAGGCAGCUUACGCUCCGGGGGCAAACAGAGCGCUUGUACAAGAGGAGUUGGAUAAACACCAACUGGUGCAUGGUCCUUGGGAAUCUACCGCUGUUCCCGCUGCAGUGGAAGUGGAGUCCUGGAGUUCUUCAUGUCAUGACGGCUCACGUAUUUCGUGCAUCAUAAAAACACCCGGGCACAACGCUCUGUUGCAGCUCCUUCUUGAGCGAGUGUGGGGGACAUAG